AUGCUGUCAGAAGGGUAUCUCAGUGGACUUCCCUACUGGACUGACAUUCCCUUGGAUUGUGCAUCUCCUGAUGAGCACAUGGCUGAGGAAAAGGAAGAGGAGGCAAAUGCUCGUGCUGCUGUCCUUUCCUAUUCUUCUGUGGAUGAAACGCAGGUUAGAAGUCUCUAUGUGAGCUGCAAAUCGUCUGACAAGUUUAUUUCUUCAGUGCAUUCCAGAGAGAGCCAACAGAGCAGAAACCAGAGCGUCACGGUGCUGCAGACAAACGCCAAUCCCAUGUUUCAAAGGCCAACCAUGACCACAGUUGAAAUCUGUAGAGACCACAGUACCAACAGAGAAACUUACUUGGUGCCACCAUCUUGCAAAAGUAUUUGCAAGAAUUACAAUGAUUUACAUAUUGCUGGGGGCCAGGUGAUGGCCAUUAAUUCAGUGACAACAGGUUUUCCCUCUGAGAGCAGUUUUGAAUAUGGCCCUUUGCUGAAGUCGUCAGAGAUUCCUUUGUCCAUGGAGGAUUCCAUUUCCACUCAACCCAGUGACAUUGCCCCACAACCUUUCCAGCGCUACUCAUCCUACUGGCGAAUAACAAGCAUCAAAGAGAAGAACAGCCUGCAAAUGCAGACACCUAUUUCUAAUGCAGUGUUGAAUGAGUAUCUGGAGCAGAAGGUGGUCGAGUUAUAUAAGCAGUACAUCAUGGACGCUGUGUUUCAUGACAAUUCUCCUACCCAGAUUCUGGCCUCUGAACUCAUCAUGACAAGUGUGGACCAAAUUAGUCUUCAACUGUCUCGAGAGAAGAACCUAGAGACUUCAAAAGCCAGGGAUAUCGUCAUUAGCCGCCUGUUACAGUUGGUGCCAAGUGAAAUUAGCACUCCUAGUCUCCAUAUUUCUCAAUAUAGCAACGUGAAUCCAUAG